AGGAAGACAUACAAAACUUGCAGUGCUGGGGGUAGUUCAUGGAGAGGUUUGAGAACCCCUGCUCUAGUGGACGGUUACUGUCCCGUGAAAUUGACAAUCGUGCCGUCCCGUCGAGGAUGUUCUUCUGAUGGAGACCGCUCUAGAGGACACAAAUGCUGUCGAUUUGACCUUAGGCCUGUUUGUGUGCUGCCCGUUUCCGCAAAGCCAGGACGGUGUCCACCCCAAUCAUCUGGAAGAAGAUUAUGUUCCUGUAAGAGUGACUCUAACUGUCCCGACAAUGAGAAGUGCUGCAGCAAUGGAUGUGGACGUUAUUGUACGGCUCCAUAUACAGUGAAGCCGGGUCAAUGUCCCAAACCGAAGAGCAUUCCACUGUUUGCUGAAAGCUGUUUCCAUGAUGACCAGUGUCCUGCCACACAGAAAUGUUGCCCAACCACCAGUGGUCAUGCAUGCAGUGAACCACAUGGUCAGGGAAGCGGUCAAGGAAACCAUGUGCUCAGGGAAGCGGUCAAGCAUUUGGCCAGGGGAGUGGAUUUGGCCAGGGGAGUGGGAACGGUCAUGGAAGCGGUUUUGGCCAGGGGAACGGUCAGGGAAGCUAUCAUGGUCAGGGAAGCGGUCAUGGUCAGGGAAGUGGUCAAGGUACUGUUCAGGGAAGCGGUCAGGGAAGUGGUCAAG